AGCAGAUUGUUGAGUACCGUACACGUCUGGAAAUCUGCCAUUAUGUCUGAGCAAGAGAGAUCAUUUGUUGGCAAAGUAGCAUUGAUAACAGGUACAUCUUAAAACUAACUCAGCAUAUGUGGAAUUAUAAACUCUUAUAGUUUAAUAGUGUUUAUAUUGGUGAAUCAUCAACAUUCUGCGUACUGCAUCAAGGACAUUUAUAAUAUUUCACUCCACCUUACCUGGAUCGAUGGCGCACGUGACGGCCUCUCGGGGUUGUAAGUUCGAAUCCAAGUGAAGUCAAGUCGCGAACUAUGGAGGGUAUUUUCUUUGAAUUUACUAUCAUAAUUAUCAAAAUUCUAUAAUUUGAGGCUCUUACUUUAGAUAUUAGUAAUAUUUCAGUUGAGGUGAUACCCAGUCAGGGAAGGGGGGAUGUGAUAGGUGUGUCCUACCCUUCCCUCCCCACUAAAGGGGCUGAUGCCAACAAAUAAACUGAAAUAGAUUAGUAGGAUGGGAGAGUUUGAAAAUGAAUCAGUUUUGACAUAGUGGUUGUCCAUCUUAUUACAUUUGGAAGGUUUUUUUUCAGAAACCUUGUUAAGGUCUAGUAACUUGAUUUUGAUGAAAUGGUCAGAUUAAUAUGAAACGUAACUGGUGACUUUUGGUGUGUUCAGGUGGAAGUUCAGGUAUUGGUAAAGGAACAGUUCUUUUGUUGUCCAAACUUGGAUGCAGUGUAGCUUUUGGAGGAAGAAACAAAGAUGAACUUGACAAAGUGGUGGCCAAAUGCAAAGAAAUUAGAGCUGAUGCUCAGGUAACAACUACAGCCUUGAUUACCAAGGAGUUGAGUUUGUUGAUAUAAAAAUUGUCAUUCUCAUGGCUGAUGAAAUGAUAUAAUUUAAUUUAGGUUCUGUCAGUGCAAGGCGAUCUAGAGAAAGAUGAAGAUGUGAAAGCUCUUUUUGAAGCAACUAUCAAAGAAUUUGGAAAAUUGGAUAUUCUGGUAAGUGUGCAUGUGUCGUUCUUCUUUUUCUUAUGGAGAAUUUUAUCCCUUUGAACCCUGACAUGGGUAUCUAUAUUCUUCACACUGUUCUCUGUGCAUUUCUUAUAAUACUGAAAUGGAGAAUUUGUUCACCUAGCUAUCAUGAGAUGCUCUAGUUUUAAAUCAUUUCCUCCAUUCUCAUGACCUUCAAGUUUGAUUCAGCAGUGAUACUGUUAGGAGAAACUAGAUGUCAAUCAGUCUUAGUGGUUUUAGGGUUAACUUGUUGAUCAUAGGAAAUGCCUGCAAGGUCAUUUUUCUUUCUGAGCAGGACAAGAAAAUAACUUACCAUUUAGCAUAUAGUCUCAAGAGUAGCAAUAAAUUAUUACACUUGUCUGGUGAUAAUGGAGUGAGAACAGAAGAGUAAUCAUCUAGGAAACAUCCGAUUUGAAUGGUAUGACGACUGAGUAUCAAAGAUAACCUGUUAUCAUUGAUUGACAACUGAGUAACAGAUAACCUUUUAAGAUAAUGGGUGAGUAAAAGGUGAGGAUAAUGAUAUCUUAAGGCAACUACUGCCAAUUAAUAACUUCAGUGAUCUUAGAUGUUUAAUCUCCAUACAGGUCAACAAUGCUGGGAUAGUUAUACCUGGGACCAUAGAAACGACUACACUGGAAGACUUUGACAAGGUUAUGAGAAUCAAUAUGAGGUGAUUAAAUUCCUUUAUUUUCUUCCGCUGAAGCUCUUUGGCACCUUAUGUAUCAUAAGUACACCAGAUUUCAGUCAAGUGCAAGGCAAAUAAAUAUUAGAUAUUUCUGGCCAAGAACUUACUGUUAGUUUGGAAUUACUACCAGUAAAAACUUGACAGAUUAAAAAAAUCAAGAAAAUUCAAUCAUUUUGAGAGGAUGCUAUGAAAAACACUUUUUAAUGGGUCCUUUUUUUGGAAAAAAUAGAACUCAUCAAAGAAAAUCUUGACAAGUUUCAAGUUCCUGAACCUUGGCUUGUUCCUGUUACCCCUAAAGAAAAUCUGGAGAGUUUUUCCCAGCUUUCUUCAGAAGAAUUGUGUAACAUUGUUCAACAAUGUUUGAGUGCUCCCUGUCUAUUAGAUCCCAUUCCCACAUCCCUUGAUGAAUAAGCCCCCUCCAUCACUGAGACAGUUAUUUGUCUCUUCUCAGUGUUCAUGUUCCUAAUGCACUUUUCCUUGCUUUAAACGUGUGAUUGUUUUAUCAAUGAAGUAAAUUGUUGUUUCUUGGCUUAACCUUUAGGGCUGUUUUCUACUUGACAUCACUGGCAGUGCCUUACCUCAUUCAAACACAAGGUAAAAAUAUUAUCAUCUACUGCAAUUCUAAAUGAAAGUUUUGAUAGGUAAAUUGGGCACAAAAGUUAUGAAUGAAAUAUUCAACGCUUUGCCAUUCUUGCUCUAGGUUGCAUUGUGAAUGUUUCCAGUGUGAAUGGCAUGAGAUCGGUGAGUUCAUCAAAUUACUGAAUAACAGCAAAGAAAUUUUUAUGCUUUUUUAGAUCAACUUUUUAUCAUGCGUCUACUGUAUUAUACCUGGUUUGCAUGAUUGAAGUCGCCCUUGUUGCAAGAACACUCUUUUGAUUUACAGAAAAAUAAUUUCCCCACCAUACCAUUUUUGCCUCUUGCUUGAAAGUCAUGUAUGCACAACAGAUUUGUAUCAUUAGUAAAGAUGCAGUGUCUUGUUUUUCUGUUUGGGACAUCAUGUCUGUUAUUGAAAGGCCACUCAUAAAACAGUGUGUUGUGUGACAAACCCAAGGGCUGCUUUAAAAAACCAAAAAACAAGGAAUACUGAGUUUUUUUAUUGUCUCUGUAGUUUCCUGGAGUGCUUGCCUACAACAUGUCUAAAAGUGCUGUUGAUCAAUUUACAAGAUGUGUUGCACUUGGUGAGAGUGACAAAAUAAUACCACAACUAUUCACAAACCACCCUGUAUAACAUUAUAGCUUUUUCUGUGUGUCCUCUGAUUUAUUUAGGGUCAAGCUAUUUAACAGGUCUUUUCUUAGUGAUCUUGUUAACAAGACCUAAGUGGUCUUGUUAACUUACUGGUAGAUAUGAACCAAAACAUCUCAGUUUGGGUAAAUACAAGAAUUAUGAGUAUAGAUGGAUUCACUGGUAUGUCAAUACUAAUAUACAUAUGGUCUUGUACAUGUACCAUUCAAGUUAUACUUUGCACAUUUUGGUCUCCUCAUCUCUGAGCUGCAUUGUAACUAAUUAAAAGACUGAGAGAUAACAAAUAUUAAAAAUUAUGUAGGGAAACACUCACCUGCAACUUGUAGAAGCAGCAGCAUAUUACAUUUUAUCGGCUCACUUAAGACACUAUUUUACAGAGGAGCUAUCAAGCCUCAGAGUUAUUCAGAGCAUUUCCUCUAAUAUUUUAAUUGUCAUGCUAUUUUCAGAACUUGCAUCAAAAAACGUUCGAUGCAACUCAGUCAAGUAAGUGAUUUUUAAUUAAUAACAGAUUAAAGUAUAAUCGAAAUGUUAUACAAAAACAGGAAAGUAAGAAAACUUUAACUGUCUUUCCCCUUACGUAACCUUAUCACUCUGUCCCCAACCCCAUGUAAGCGGAAUGUGUAAUUAAAACAAGUCGUGGAGCAAUUUUCAAAUGACUCUCUUAGAGCAAUUUUUUAAUAUAGUGUCGAAAGAAUCCGGGAUUUCUCUGUUUUUGCUUUACUUUACUAUGUGGUCCUGAUAACUUGUGCCGCUCUCUGAACCAAUCAGAUGAUGCGAAACUGAAACCAAUCGCGACUUGGUCGCUCGCGGCUUCCCGCGCUUUAGACUAUGUGUUCUGUUUAACUUUGAGUUCUCGUUGGUGUUUGAAGAUAAUUUCCUUUCUUCUGAUUUCCCUUCGUUAUAACUUUUGUUUUGGUUUGAUGACACUCCAUCGAGAAGCGCUCUAAGUAAUCGGGAUUGUAUUUGUUUGCUUUACCUUACUCACUGAUUGACAAAGAAAAUUUUGGCUACCUUCUCAGCCUCACAUUUGCCGCGCUUCGAACAGAUUGCUUCUUCGUGCCGUGUAUUUUCAUUGGUUUCUCGUUGGUCGUCAUAAUUACUUUGGUUUUGAUGCGACGAAGCUCAGUUGAAUUUUACUCUAACAUCUUGCGAGGUUUUUCCCUCUUAGACACAGUAGGUAACGGGUUUCAGAGAAUUGUCUAUAUAUUACUAUCAAAAAGUCGUGAAUGCUUCAACGAUCAAAUUGUAAAAAGAAAAGAAAAGUAUUCCUUAAAAAACAAAAAAAAAAAACAGAAAAACUUACAAAAGAAUGGAAGUGAUGUUUUCUCUCUAAUCUUUGAACUCAAUUUAAGCUGUGGUAUCUUUAUCUACUGCGAUACUUCUGUUUUCAUUUGCAGCCCUGGAGUAAUAAUCACUGAAAUUCAUAAACGGGGAGGUAUGGAUGACGAGGCUUACGCAAAGGUAACUUUACCCUUCACCAAAGUUCAAACAUUGCGCAUAGUACCCGGUCAUCUCUAGCGGUGUGGCGAGUUGACCAAAGGUAUGGGCGAGGUGGCUAAUGGUGUUGCUCUCCCUCUGGCCGGAGUAAAGUGUUGUUUUAGAAUAGAGAGGGCAGAGAAAUUGGAAAAUAAAAGGAACGGUCUCUUUUUGCUCAGCGUCAUAAGCAAUUUUGCCACUGACUAUCGUUCCAAAAUCCCAGAGCCAAAAACUAAUAUGCAAGUAUACUGUGCACUCUAUGGUCGAAUUUGUUUUGUUUUAAAGCUUUUUUGUUCUUUUGUGCAGUUUCUAGAACGUUGCAAACAAACUCACGCCUUGGGAAGACCAGGAAAUGUGGAUGAAGUAUCGAGUGUGAUUGCUUUCCUUGCAUCCAGUGAAUCGUCUUUCAUGACAGGUGCUUCGUUGCCUGUUGAUGGAGGAAGACAUGCCAUGUGUCCGAGAUGAAAGAAAUACAAACUGAAUGCUCCUGCUUAUAAAUGAAUAUUAAAGCUUGUUAAAUUUCUUCGGGAGCGAAAGGUGGAAAGUUUGAACAGAAAGAUAAGUCUGUAAUUGUAGCACUAUAAGCAGAACCUCACAUGAUUUACCAAUGUCAAUGAUAAGACACAGUCGCAAGUUUUAUUCAAAUCGUUUUUCUCUCUAGCAAUGACAAAAUAAAAAUCCAAUUAUUUAUUGCGCAUUGGAAACGGUGGUUGUAAUUGCAGGGUGCCGGAUUUCAGACAGCGAAUAUUCUUGUUGAAAUUAAAGGGUCUUCACUCGUCGAUUUCCGCAGUCUUCAAAGGCGCAUUUAUGCCCUAUAGACUAGGAAAAGUGCCCCCAGAAAGAAGGGUUCGCCUAAAUGACGGUAAAACAUACAAAUGUUCUUGAAGCAUUUUUUCGGGAGGGACCAAAGAUGUUUCCACUGUAUGACAAUGCCUUACGGGUCAGUACGACGCGAGAACAACCUUUAAACAUGGGCUUCAGUUGACUGAUAAGUUAUCGAGGAACAUCACAGUCGCCAUUAAGUUAUCAUUUCAACUUCAACUCAUUGUAUCAUUUGAGUGACGAGCAAAUUCCAUGACCUUGACCAUUUUUUGGCCAGCCAAGUUGUGCGCACAUCAUAAUUGUAAGAUUUGUAAUCAAAUAUUUGCGAAGGAUCAUCAGCUCAAGUGCUUCAAUGGGUGCGCCCAGGCGGAGAGCCCUGGGUGCGUUUAUGAAUUGCUCCUUUAAGUUUGGGAAGUGUAGAUCUCUUUCGCAUUCACGUUUUCUUGGUAAGUAAAUACUGUCUUCCGCUCUCUCUUGACGAAAUUGAAAGAUAAAAAGACCGGAUACACCUUAAGAACCAUAUCCACCGAUAAGUCAGUCAGUUUCCCUUUACUCUUUUCUCGCGAAAUCCGUCCCUACAUACUACAUUAAGGUUGUAGCUAAUGCCCAACAAAAAGUUGUUGGAUCCUGGUAGUUUGAAUAGUAUCGUUUAAGUCUUCCAUUCUCUUUCAAAAACUUUAUAACCAAGAAGAUUGCUGAACAAAAAUUUUAACCUUUUCAAAUUUCAAGUAAUUUGACUCAAGGUAACAGAGAAUUAAAUCUUGAGGCAAAUGUCGUUUUUGGGAAUGACACGCAACUCGUUGGGAACACGUCAUUGCGUGACAAAAAAAAAUCAGCCAAGGAUCCUGUAUUAUCAUACAUUCCACUUCUGCGUAUUUAUUUUCCGUCUUGUUCCUUUGUUUUGUUGUGUUCUUUUUUCAGUUUUCAUCAUCUUCGUUUUUUAUGGUUUCUCACGAUCUAAGGUUGUGUUUUUUGGAGCUGGUGAAUUUUUUUUUUUUCGUUCCGCAAACCUUUAUUCUUUAGUCCAUCCACACUUCCCGAUGUAAGAGGGAUCAACAAUUGGGAAAAAACCAAAAUGGCGGCAGGAGGGAUGUCUUUCGCAGGCAAAGUUGCAUUAAUAACAGGUACAUUAUGAGCUUUUAAGUCGCAUACUUGUAUAUAUAAUUGCGAUUCAAAUAAGUAUCCGCUCCUUCUGUAGUUUUUCUCUCAAUCAAUCGUCUCCUACGGUGAAUUGUAAAGUACAAAACAAUCCGCAUCGAAAUCCUCUUUUCAUUGAACAGUGGUGCCUGUGUUGAGGUUUUUAAAGAAUCUUGUCGACCUUUACCUUUUGGUUUUUAUAUCGACAAAAAUUUCCCGCCUGGUUAUAGUCAAUUAAUUUUCACAAUCACCCAGUCAGAAAUAUAAAAAUAAAUUUAAGUACUUAAAUAUCUGGUCAUGAGGAAAACAAUUUUUCGUAUUUUUGUUUUCCCGAGAGUCUCGUUGAAUAGAUAAAUGUGGAAUUUGCGCAGUGAUAAUUUUUGCAUCAGACUAUAAUUUUUGUAAUUAGUACACUCAAUGAGUAGUGCAUUUGAAGUAACUGCAGAAUACCCUGCCACUUUGGUCCACCUCAUUUACAUGUGUCGUGAGGCUUUCAAGAACGAGGCAUAAUAGUCUCUAUUCUUAUUCAAUGACAUGUAAAUAAGUGGCAGGGUAUUCUGCAGUUUAGCCGUGCAUUUUAUGAAUAGUAAAUAUUUUUUCUUGGGAGCUCAUCUCUAUGACAUUAAUGUGACCAUUCUUCUUAAACUCUAGGUGGCAGUUCAGGUAUUGGUAGAGCAACAACUUUGCUGUUAUCCAAGCUUGGAUGCAAUGUGGCAUUUGGGAGGAGAAAUAGAGCCAACCUUGAAAAAGUAGCAGCUCAUUGCCAAGAAGAAAGAAAUGAUGCUCAGGUAGCUCAACAACAGAAAAAAUAGAAUGGAAUAAAUAAAUGAAAAAAUAGGCAAAUAGAAGAAAUAAGGAAUGAAUGUAUGUACAGAUUGUCGAGAGGGAGAGUUUGUGGACAGAGCCAUGAAAGAGAGUUGAGCAGAUCAGUGGCUAUUUUUUCUUCAACCUUCCUGGCAAAAUUCUUGUAGUUCUGUAUCAUUGGGUGGUCCCUUAUACAUUUAAUUUGGUAGGUUGAACUGCCUAAGUGCUAAUUGUUGUCAAGUUUGAAACUUUUCAACUCAAGGUUCUUCCAGUGCAAGGUGAUUUGGAAACUGAUGAAGAUGUAAAGAUGCUUCUAGGAACCACAAUCAAACAUUAUGGAAAGCUGGAUAUUUUGGUAAGAAAUUGUUUUGUUGUUCUUCUGUAAAGCUUGCUCCAGAGAAAAAAAUGGUUUCUUUGGUGAAUAAAAAGCUUAAAAAAUGUGCUCACUUCAUUUAUCAAUCUAUGAAACAGCUUCUGUAUAGGUAUUUUUUAUGUCUGACUCAGAACUUGGAUAAUAUUUAAUACCAGCUAUGUCUUAACUGCUGGCUUUUGCAUUGUAGAAUUUUCUUUCACAAAUUUUGAUGCAGAGUAACUUAUUAAUUGCAAUGAUCCAUUUCAAGGUUAACAAUGCUGGAAUAUCUGGUUUGGGAACCAUUGAGAACACUUCCUUGGAUUUAUUUGAUCAGAUCAUGAGAAUCAAUGUGAGGUAUGAGCUUGAAGAAAAAUCUUUAGUCAAUUGUCUUAUCAUCGAGGACAGACUUUUUUCAAGCAUAAUUGGGCUGCUUAAUUUCUGUUAUUUUGAUUACAUUUCCUAGGUCAGUGUUCUAUUUAACUUCUCUAGCAGUUCCAUUUCUAACACCAACACAAGGUUAGUUGUAUCAUGUUUUGGAUUGUUUUUUUUUUUCUGAAUAACAUCAAUCGUGAGGUGCAAGCAAAACCUGUUUUUCAUAUCUCACUACACUCUUCUUGAUUUAUAUGUCAUAUUUUGAAUACUUCUCUAAUUACAGGGUGCAUUGUUAAUGUGUCAAGUGUCAAUGGACUGAGGUCGGUAAGUUGUCCAUCAGUUUUAACCCUUUAACUCCCAUGGGUGACCAAGACAGAAUUUCUCCUUACAAUAUCAAUACAAUGUCAAGCAGACAAGUGAUGAGAAUAAAGAAAAAUCUUAAUUUGAUCUUAUACCAAAUUAUCCAAACUAACAUCACAGGAACUAUAUUGUAGACAGUAAGGAGAAUUACUAAUAAGAUUCUGGGAGUUAAAGGGUUAAUUGCUAAUGCUUUUACAAUUGUUUGAAAAAUAUUUUGAAUGUUUGAUCAAAUACAUGUAUGUUUAAGCAUAGUGGAACUAUUAAGUUUUAUGUCUUAUGUCUUUUUGACCACAUGUAUAUAAUUUUGACCAGUUUGCAGAAGCUUGUAGUCACAGGUGAAAGGGUGUUGCAACAGCUCCUAUGGAAAAUCGUAGAUCCACCCCAAGGGUGACAGCUCAGCUAGUACUUGCACACCUGCCACUCAAAGUCUAGUUUUGGGUCUGCUACAAAUGCAAUUUGUUUAAGUGUACAGGGACCUUUCAAAACAAUAAAUAAGUGGUAUCAUGGAUUCUUUUUGUGUGGGUCAGUUAUUAAUGUUUUAUCUUGGGUGAAUUCUCCAGAACUGCCUCUGUUUCUAUUGAAGUUAUUUAAAUAAUCCUGAUUCAAGCAGUUCUGUCGUAGUUUCCAGGAGUUCUGGCCUACAAUAUGUCAAAAAGUGCUUUGGAUCAACUAACAAGGUGUGUGGCUCUUGGUGAGUUACUCUAUUUAUACAUUUAUUUAUAUAUGCGGAAAGGUUUUGCGCACUGUGUAACCUGCAUUUAGAGGAUUCUACACAUUAAGUGGACACUUGCUCAAGUACCUCAUUCCUACCACCCACUAUUGCCCCUGGAUUUACUGUGAAAUAAACCUGUAUUCAAUGGGUAACUCUUUUAAGGAGAUGUAACCACCAGAUUUAAGCAGCUAACAGGACUAAAAUAGAUUUGAGCUUCACUUUUAUCAGAUUUCAGUUUUAUAUCAGAGGUUUUACUGCUGAUUAGUUGCUCUGUUUUAUGUGAGGUUUACAUAUGAAUUAGUAUGACUACAUAAUUUUUUAACUUGCGUUAGAGGUUGCUUAACUUGUGAGAAUUUCUUUGUUAAGGAAUGUUCUUAACACCCAUGAAGGGGUUUUUAUUAUUAAUUAUGGACGCUGCCCUGAGCAACAACGGAGAGAAGUGUCCUGCAAUAACUUUUGUCUUGUUAUUGUUUAUUUCAUUAGAACUUGCACCAAAGAAGAUCCGCUGUAACUCAGUCAAGUAAAUAUUGCCAUUAAACAAAACAAUUUUAGGUGAUAGAUCUAGGACGUCAGUUAACAUCAAAGGCAAAGAGAAAAGUUCUUGGAAAAAAUAGGAUAAAAAUAAAAACAAGAAUUCUAACUUUUGUUACUUCAUGAAGAUGCUAGCUUUCUUUGUUUAUAUUUCACUUUCCCCUCAACAGCCCUGGUGUUACGAUUACUGAAUUGCAGAAACGAGGAGGGCUUAACGAAGAAGCUUACCAAAAGGUACGUCAUGUGUCGAGUUGCGUCAUGAAAGGAUUGUGUGCGGGUAUAUUUCAUCCCUUUCUUUACCACUGUUCCACCAUUUGGAGAUUAGUAGUAAAAAUUCGACGUGUGAAUGUGUUUUUCAAGUAUCUAUAAACUCAACAUUAUGACCGCAACAUUAUCGCAGAAUAGGAAUCCAAAUUGAAUCAAAUUUCAGUCAAUUCAUAAUGCUCGGUAUUUUUUAGAGUAUAUAAAACAGUCCCGUCUUUAGAAAGAAUGGGGCGUAACUACGCCAUUUGAGAAGAAAAGUUACCAAAGAAACUGUAGCUCAGCCUAGCCAAAGACUACUUGUUUCUGUUGUUGGUGUCUUUUCUUCCGAUACGAGCAUUUUUUUUCCCUCGUCACGAUGUUAGCUCGCCCUACACCCCGAACGGGAGUCCUUUCGAUGGCUGGCAAACCAGAAAUGUGCAACUCACAAGGGCGUGGCUAACAUGCGCGCACGUGCGUCAUAACCAAACAACUUGUCGCAAACCUCUGUCCGUUUUUCGCCCUCCCCCACCAUUUUCUUUUCUCUACCCUAUUCCCCCCCCCCGUUUACUUCCUGAACUUCCUCCCUCAAUGUAAACACCACGAAAAAGUCUUAUCUCGCUGAUAACGAAAUAGUUUUCCGUACAUUUGUCUUUGAUUCACUUUUACUCUAUAUCUGUUUUUCCUUGCGCAGUUUUUAGAACGUUCAAAGGAAACGCAUGCCUUGGGGCGUCCUGGAAAUGCAGAAGAAGUAGCAAAUGUGAUCGCUUUUCUGGCUUCAAGUGACGCAUCUUUCAUAACUGGUGCUACACUUCCUGUGGAUGGCGGAAGACAUGCGAUGUGUCCGCGAUAACACAUUCUGCGGCUACUCGUUCAAGACAUGCGGGUUUGUGGUGGUAGUGGAUGCGAAUUGAAUGCAAAAAUGAAUGAUGAAGGACACUAAUAUCCGUAAUUGUAUAAUUAUAUGCUUCGUCAUGAUCAUCAAAAAAAGGCCACUGUUCCAAGUAUUUUUCACUUAAUGGUGGUCAUGGUGCGACUUCGAUUACUUGACUUAGAUGACAGCAUCUUGUUUAAAUAGAACAACAAGACGUUUCCACACGUUUGGUUUAAGACAAUUGGUUUAAUAUAAUUGGUUCAAGAUAAUUUUGUGAUCGUUAGGGAUGAUCGAGUUGAGAUGAUCGAGAUGAGAUGAUUGAGAUGAGAAUUGAUCGAGAUGAAGAAUUUCUCGUUUAUCAUUCAUUGUUCUUUUUCGUUCAUGACGUUUCAGUCUAUUAUCCUUUUGUCUGUAUUUCUUCUCGUAAUAUCGUUUAUUUUACAAUCCCUGAUGUUCCUCUCUUAAACUAGAGGUCCAUUAAAUAAUUAGAGAGCCUCAAACAGAUUUGUUUCUUCUCUGCAAAGAAAAACCGAAAAAUGGCUAAAAACCUAACGUGGAUCUGGAAGGAAUAGAAUACAACUUACCAAUUACUUAACCCUUCUCAUUUUAACAUCAGUAUGCCUUUUUAUCCACUCUGUUCAAUAUAAAAUUCUCAAGGUGGUGACAAGGAGAGUUUAUUAAACAAUCAAGAGCUUCUUUAGUCGGCGAUCGUUUCCUUUAUUCUUGUUACGUUAAUAUCUGAUUCAGGGGUGAAACUGUAAGGAGAAAUUAGAUGCUAGUCACCUUAGGAGUCGAAGGGUUAGUGUGCCUUGAAGGAAAUACAUCCGGGACCAUAAAGUGGCGACGGGUGCGACAUAAAUUUUAAAGACAAAUGAAUAAAGGGGGUAGGUUUCUAAAGAUUGUGUGGUUCUGCGCCGUUGGGAGACUAUAAUAGGG